AUGAGAAGAUAUUUGUGCCGAUACGACGGGAAUUUCAGCUCCUCCUCCGCCCACUGCGGGACUUUGGGGGGCGCCGGGGACGGGAGAUACUCCGGGAUCGGGCAGGGAUACACCGGGAUCGGGCAGGGAUACUCCGGGAUCGGGCAGGGAUACACCGGGAUCGGGCAGGGAUUCGGCAGCAGGAGCCUCCACCACGGCCUGGGGGGCUUCGGGAAUGCCCACCCCUCUCCCGGAGGAUGGGGGAGGUUCGGCGGAUGGAGAGAACCCCAGAGGGGGUUUUAUGGAAGGGGGAAUUUCCCGAGGUUGGGAAGCGCCUCUGGGAUGAGUCCAGGCAGGGGGGCAGCGGGACAGGGGGUGGGACACGCCGGGACGCCCCGGGGUGGUGGCAUCGAGGGGGUCCGCGUCAACACCGCCCUGCUGAGGCCCCUGGAGCUGGAGGUGGAUCCCGAAUUCCAGAGGGCGCGCUCGGAGGAGAAGGAGCAGAUCAAGGCCCUCAACGACAAGUUCGCCUCCUUCAUCGACAAGGUGCAGAGCCUGGAGAGGCAGAACCAGGCCCUGCUGGCCAAGUGGGAGCUGCUGCAGGGGCAGAGCUCGGGCCCCGAGGAGAGCAGGAGCAUCUGCUCCUUCUUCCAGUCCUACAUCUCCAACCUCCAGAGGCAGCUCCAGACGCUCCAGAGCCAGAGGGAGCAGCUGGAUCCCGAGGCUUACAGCAUGCUGCAGCUGGUGGGGGAGUACAAGGACAGGUUCGAGGACGAGAUCAACAAACGCACGGCCCGGGAGGAGGAAUUUGUGGAGCUUAAAAAGGAACUGGACAGCGCCUACAUGGGGAAAAUGGAGCUGGAUGUGAGGGUGGAAAUCCUGAAGCAGGAGCUGGAAUUCCUCCGGUGUUUACACGAAGCUGAGCUGUCCCAGCUGCAGGGCCUGGCUGGGGACACCGAGGUGACCCUGUCCGUGGAUCCCAGCCCGGAGGUGGACCUGGAGGGGCUCCUGCAGGAGAUGCGCCGGGAACACGAGGCCAUCGCCCGGCGCAGCGCGGCCGAGCUGGACGCCACGUACCGCCACAGGUACCAGGAGCUCCAGGACGCCUGGGAGAGCCAGCGGGAGCAGCUGAGGAGCAGCCACCGGGAGCUCCAGGAGCUCGCCCGGCACAUCCAGAGGCUCCGGCCGGAGGUCGAGGCCGCCAGGAAGAGGAAUUCCAGCCUGCAGGAUUCCCUGGGGGCCGCCGAGCUCAGGGGGAGCCGCUCGGUGAGGGAAGGGCGGGAGAAGCUGCGGGAGCUGGAGGAGGCCCUGCAGGACGCCCGGAGGGACCUGGGGAGGCUCCUGAGGGACCACCAGGAGCUGCUGAGGGCCAAGAUGGCCCUGGACGUGGAGAUCGCCCUGUACAGGUCCCUGCUGGAGGAGGAGGAGCUCAGGUGGGGCUCUGGAUCCGUGGGAUGA